AAACUGACCAUCAAGAUGAACACAGCAAACUUUGCAUUGAUCGUUUUCUUUGGAAUUUUCUAUUUAGAUUCAAGGUACGUAUAUCGACACUAUCAACAUUCAAUGUGUUGGUUGAUACAGAUCCGAAUUCGCCCCCUAUAUAGCUUCCGUCCAGCUAACUGCAUGCAUGGAUGCAGAUCUGUAUGACCAAUUUUUCAACAGGGUUUGAUGUACAGUAGAUAACAACAGCUACGAGACAAAACUAUUAUGGAAACGAAAUCGUAUAAAGCUCUUGACUUCGUUCGGAGUUGUUCGUGAAUACAUGUAUUUCUAUAUUUGUGAAGGUGCCUUUGAUAUUUGUCUUGAUUGGGUGUCACACAAUGCGUUUUGAAAAUUUUCACCAUGAAUUUCUAAGAUUUUGUUUGAAUUUGCCUUGUUCGUGAAUGUCUCAGGUAAACAUGUAAACGUUCUCUCGAGACUGGACUAAUUUGGAUCGAGCGCGUACGCAAAUUCGUCCAGGUCCUAUUCGUUCAUGCAUGCACACGGGAAAUUCGUACCGUUCGGCGGGUGUGUGUUCGCAUUAAUUCGCCCGGAUUCAAUCGUACCACGUGAACUGAAAAAGGGCUGCAAUCGUGCAAAUUUUUCUCAUAUUUUUAACUUUUUCUUUAGUGUCAAAUGUCUUUCAUUGUCUUCAUUCGAUAACAAGGAAGUUUUCUUGACAAAGAGAAGCUCAAACAACGCAGGGCAAUGUGAUUUGAAACCUAACAUUAAAGAAUUAAAAGAUCUUCUGCUUGAAGUCAAAAAUGAAAUCAGUGAUCUGAAAGAUGAAUUUAAUCACGAAAUGAAAGCUAUGUGGAAAUACGUUAAUGCGGGAAAAUGUCACAAGCAAAUUACGGAUAAAAACCAAGGCAAGUAUCGCGUUAACACUAGCUCAGUUAAUCAUAAAUUAUUAUACUUCUGA